CUACAAAGGAGCUGCUAAGUUGUUGGAGGCCCAAGCAAGAAAAGGACCAGAAUGAAUAAAUUUGUUCUUUCUGCCCUCGUGGCAUUCUGCCUGGCUGUAUCUUUGCAGGCUGUUGUAUCUUAUGAACCCCUAGAAACAGCUGCCUAUGAAGCCGAUCAAUCUGACGAUUUGGGCGCUGUGAAGGAUGCAGUCGACACCAAUGCUGAUGAAGGAUUUGAAGAUGAACUGAGCGAUUACGAAGAUGAAGAUGACAAUGAUGAAGAUGAAGAUGAAGUUGACAAUGAUGAAGACGAAGAGGAGGAAGAGAAUCCAAACGGAAGCAGCGAUGCUCAAGCAGAUCCAAUACCAUUUCUUGGCAGAAUCAGAAUCCCGAGAAUUCCAAGAAUCCGGAUCCCGGGGCCAAGAAUCCCGCUCCCGAGAAUCCCGAGGCCAAGAAUCCGGAUCCCGAGGCCAAGAAUCCCGCUCCCGAGAAUCCCCAGACCAAGAAUCCCAAGGCCCCGCUUCCGGUUUGGGAAAAAGUAAAGGGACCUACCCGCUGACCUAUCUUUUAGAAGCCGAGGCUACGAGAAAUUAUG